ACUGUAUCAUCAUCGCAGGCAUCAAAACCAUCAGCCAGUCCGCCAUCUUCAAAUAACAUCGAAUAUCGAAACAAACCCCCUUCGAAAUGUGCUCCGCAGACAUCUUCCUCGGCCUCAUCGCCAUCCUCUUCCCGCCCCUCGCCGUCUGGGUCAAGACUGGCCUCUGCAGCGCCGACUCUCUCAUCAACAUUUGUCUCUGCAUGCUAGGAUAUAUCCCAGGUCUCUUGCACGCCUGGUACAUUAUCGCCAAGUUCCCCGAGCCAGAUUACUACGAACCUAUUCCAGGGGAUGCCGAAGGAGGCCGUGUAACAUAUAUUGUGGUUCAGGGCCCGAACGGAGGCACCCAGAGAGUCCCAGCUAGACAACAGGGACGACAACAGGGUGGAAAUGGAACGGCACAGGGCUAUGGAACAACUGCUACGAUGGCAGCACCUGUCCAUCAGGAGCCGAAUGGAACGUGGACAAAUGCUGCCGAGGGUUCUAGUAAUGGUGCCGUACCACCAAGCUACGAGCAAGCUGUGCAGGGAGACAACAAGAUUCAGUCAAGGGAUUAGGCAGUAAUCCUCGACAUUAGGGCUCAAUGGUUAGAUGGACGAUGAGAGAAGAGCAUUGCGGGUGUUUUCAUGAUGGAAUGAAUUGGUUACGAUGGACUGAACAAGGCACCGGCGUGUGAGGCGUUCAGGACAUCCUACAUUGUAUUGUACCG